AUGCCGGCGGGGAGUGACGGAUCGUCUGGGACGGAGGUGACAGAGACUGGAGGCAACAUCUCCAGCCAACUGGCUUAUCUGGUUCCAAGUUUUGACCCGAGCAAGGAUGAUUUGCAGUUAUACCAACAAAAGGUACAACUGGUGUUCGCAGUGUGGCCACCAUCGAAGGUCUCAGAGCUCAUCACACGCCUAAUUUUAGGCACCACUGGCACCGCCUUCGCCAAACUGCAGCUUCACCAUACGGAGUUAUGCACCAAUGAUGAGAAGGGAAUCAAGAAAUUGAUAGAACUUCUGGGUGGACACUGGGGAAAAACAGGCCUUGAGAGGCGCUAUGCAGAUGCGGAGAAGGCACUUUUCCAAUGCAAUCAACUCAGUGACGAGAGCCACGACAGUUUCCUGGCGCGAGCUGAUGUCUUAUGGACAAAGUUACUGACACAGAAGCUGGAAAUGGAGGACCUUCAAGCAUAUGUGACUCUCCGAGGGUCCCUACUGUCAGUGGAGGACAAGAAGAGGGUCAUCAUUGACAGUGACAAUUCCCUUGAAGGAAAGUUGACGAUGAUCAAGGUCCGUGAGUCAAUCAGAAUGUUGGGGACCAACUUUUUCCAGGAAAUGACCGGAGUGAAGAAGGGCACCAAGUCCAAGGUGUACGAUCAGUCGCUUUUAGUGACUGAGGACAUGGAGCAUGCAGGAGAUCACGAAGAUCAAGCACAUGUAGCAGGUCAUGAUGAGGUCAUGGAAGAUGAUUUCAUUGAAAAUCUGGCGCAAGAAGGAGAUGAGGACGCAGUCUUCGUGGCAGAUUUUGAGAUGACUGCUACGGAUGUGAUACAAGGUGAUGAAGAUCUUGCACCUGCAUACACGACGUACUUGGAGGCUCGUCGAAAGCUGAGCGAGGAAUACAAGGCUCGUGGUUUCUGGCCGAUUUCCAAAGGGAAGUCCAAAGGAUUCAAGGGAAAGUUCAAGGGCAAGUCCAAUUGGACUAGCCGGAAGACGCUGCAACAGCGCAUCCUGGAAAGCAAUUGUAGGAUUUGCGGCCGAAAGGGCCACUGGAAGAGCGAAUGCCCAAAUCGAGGUCAGUCAACAGCCAGUUCGACAACCUCGACAGCGCCCAUCACUCUCUCCAUGGGAGUAUCGUCCAUUCCAGCCAGCGAUGUGAUGUCAGCAGAGUUCAUGAGCCUGCCCGAAGUUGCACCAACCGCACAGGACUCCAAUGGAACACAAGCGUUUUGCUUUGUACAGACCAGUUUUUUAGGGGUUCAGUGUUCCAGUCCGCCGUGCCGUAACAAUGACAAGGAAUCCAUUUUGGAUUUCAAGCCUGCGCCCAGGACAGAGGUGCCGAAGAGCCCAAUGUCCAAAAUCCCUGAUGCAGCCGCUGAGGAGUCCAUUGAAAAGGAGAUCAAGGUUACUCCAGCGAGGGAUGAACAUGCCAUGAUAUCGCCGAGAACUCUGAAGUUCAAGCCAGCAUUCCCAGGGAUUUCCCUGAACGAGUAUCGCAGUGUCAUGGGCGACUGGACCAAGAGACUCCAGCGCUUGCAAUCCGAGAUGCCAGCGGCCGAGACCGAAUCGGUCGAUCACAUGUCAAAGGAGGAUCUCCAGCACGAGAAGGUGACGUUCGGCAAAGUUCACAUGGGCAAACUGUUCUCCGAGGUUUGGGAAACAUCCCAAGACUGGGUGAAAUGGUUCCUGAUGCACUAUCAGGACAGUACCAAGCUCGAGCACAAGAAUAUGAUCCGGUACAUCAAGUUGAAGAUCGAGGAGGGAGAGGCACAUGGAUCUGGGGGCCCCACGGCCUCGUGUCGUCCAAAGCCAAAGCCAGCACCGAAGUCGCUGGCAACGGCCAGCCGAACCGGGCCACCGCCUCACCCGGAUGCCAUGCCGGAAGAGCCUGUAGAGAACCCAGAGGUGAAGACCUUGGAAAACCGCAUGACCAACCUCGAGAAUGCCCUGCACCAGAUACUUGUGUAUCUGACGCCGAACACCGCCGGUGCUCCAGUCCCAUCGAACCUGGGAGAAGAGUCUCCGGAACUCCCUCUGGUUGCGGAAUGGGAAGAUCCAUGGGAGGUGAAUCAGCUCGGUGGAAAAGCCCUCCGCUUUGGUUUGAACCAAGGUACCAACACCGGUGUAGCCGCCAUGCACAUUGGGAACAGCCCAAAGGGUUCCACCAAGGUGCAUGGCCAAGGGAUUGCUCGAUCUGCGUUUUCCGAAAAGUAUCCACGAAAAUUUGCACGAAUGAUCGCAAAAACCAUCCUGAAGAAAAGCUUUCCACAGGAGAAACCAGUAGGCGCAAUAGCCGAUCCUGCCUUAAUUGCUUUAGACCAAUGGUUCCAGAUCAGUAGUGCACUUGCCGUGGAUGCUCGAUUGCCGAAGCGUGCCAAACUGUCGGGGCCCCGACAGUCCAAGGCCAAAUCCGCAGACAGCGACCAAGCGAGCGUAAUGCCACCAUGCGAGCCCACAGUGGCUCCACAAUCCCUUCCAGAGAGCUCGGAUAGCCCUCUGGAUUCAGAGGUAGGCAGAGAAAAUCUGAAGAAGGAUGCCGUAGAGUCAGAAGAUGUUCAAAAGUCAGAAGAUCAAAUGAAGCCAAACCUCACUGAAGAGAUGCCACCCUCUGAAAGCCAAGUACCGACAGAUCCAGAUGGCAGUCCAGCCAGACGCAGCCGAUUUCUGGCGCUGCCGAAAGAAGAACAAGCCAUGUUGCGGAGGGCACAUCAAAACUUGUGCCACCCUCGGCCUGAACAACUCAGUCAGGUACUUCGAAUGCAGGGAGCUCGCCCUGAAGUAUCCCAGGCAGUGUUCGACAUGAAAUGUACUGAGUUUACCAGUAGCCUUUUCAUGGAGUUUGCCCAGAAAAAUGAUGUGAAACUAGUGACAGCCGCACCACAUGCUCAUUGGCAGAACGGCCGUUGUGAAAGACACGGACAAAUUUUGCAAGCGAUGCUGAAAAAGGUGGACCAGGACAUGCCAAUCCAAACAUAUGUCGACCUUCAAAGGGCGUUGGCACAAUGUACCCAUGCAAAGAAUACUCUGAGCAUCCGCAAGGGGUAUUCACCUGAAGUGCUUGUGUUUGGUAAAAGUUCAAGGCUGCCUGGAUCACUAAGUAGCACCGAUUCCAUGUCCUCACUCACAAGUGCCUGCCGUGAAGAUGCACAUGGCAUAGCGUUCCGCCAAAGCUUAGCACUCCGUGAGAAAGCCAGAGUGGCAUUCCAUCAGGCUGACAAUGAUCAGGCCCUCCGGCGGGCCUGUCUCCGCAGAACACGCCCUGAUAGGAACGCCUAUGAGGUGAAGUUAUCAGCAUUGACAGCCGAAGAACAGAAAGCAUUUGCACAGGCGAAAGAAGCGGAGAUCCAAAACUGGCUGAAGACCGGAACAGGAAAACCCCAGAAAGACCGUAUCAUUGGACUUGACCCCGUCAGUGAACUUGCCCAAGCCAUGACCUUGAAGCCAGGAGAAAUUUGUAAACUAGACAAGUCAGCUUAUGGCCUCAUUGAUGCGCCGUUCCUUUGGUUCCAGACCCUUCAGGCGUUCAUCCAACGCCAAUUCAGCUUGGAGUGCCGCAGGCCGACCGGAUAUCGCUGUGGGAUCAGCGUGGUCAAAAGAAGCUUGCGAGGCAGCAGCUGGGAACUUGGUGUGACAGGUGUCACUUUGGAGGAUUCUGGAUUGGGAGCUACCCCCAUUAACAAUAUAAUUAUGUAUAUAAUUAUAUAUGUAUAUAAUCUCCCUUCCCACUAA